AUGAACACGUUGUACCCAAACAGCUGUUUACUGUCAAUUAGCAAGUUUACGUGGACUCUGACAACACCUAGAGUCAUAAAUUUUGUUCUUCUUUUUGAAUUUUAAACUAAAUUAUAAAAUAAAUCUAAACAAAAAUGAUUCAAGUUACAGAUCUCCAAAAAAUCGGCAUAGGGCUUUCGUGCUUUGGAGUUUCAUUUCUCUUCCUAGGUGUUAUGUUUUUGUUUGACAAAGGUCUACUUGCAAUUGGCAAUAUACUCUUCUUAAGCGGCUUAGGAUGCGUGAUUGGAGUGGAAAGGACGUUUAGAUUUUUCUUUCAAAAACAUAAACUCAAAGGAAGUGUAUCGUUCUUUGGUGGAAUUACUGUAGUGCUUUUGGGUUUUCCUAUUAUAGGAAUGAUUAUUGAAUCCUAUGGAUUUUUCGUCUUAUUUAGCGGAUUUUUCCCAGUAGCGGUCAAUUUCCUAGGAAGAGUUCCAAUUUUGGGAAGCAUUCUCAGCACACCUUUUAUCAACAAGAUUAUCCAAAAAAUUGGAGGCGACACAAACCGAACGAGGUAAGUGAGUAGUGCGGUGUGUCUUUCUGUGUUCGCUUAUCAGUUAAUUUACUUUCACUUAUGACUCGAACCAGUCAAUGAUUUUAAGGGUCUUCAAGACAACACAAUCAUGGGAAACAGUUUUUUUUUUGUUUUUCACAUAAUAUACAGUUUGUACAAAAAUAUAAAAAUAAUAAAUUGUUCAAAGCCAUUCCUUACAAAAGUAAAAAUAAUUCCUUAUUAAAAAAAUUAAAUGAG